UUGGAUUAUUAUUAUCAUUAUCUGUGGCGAAGGGGGACCGAAACUAAAAGUUCGUUUGGGGCUGACAGGAGUCUAGGUACGUUGCUGGUCCCAGAAACAAGGUGGUGCAAACUUGGCACAAAACCACUCUCACACCCCCCUCCCACCCUAGUCCUCAAACCGGUUGGUCUAGGAAUGGAGCAUGGGAGGAAAACAUAAAAGCCAAAAUCCGGUCCCCAGACACCCUCUUUGGAAGUGUGUGAGGCUGGGGCUGGCAUAUUGUCCUCGCGCAGCACGAAGGAGCAAGGAGGUCUGCAAAGCUGCAGCUGGGUGUGGGGAAGGGGAAGGACCAGGCGCCUGGGGGGCAUGCAGCGUGCCCCAAAGUCCCCCCCGGCAUCAGCUCGAGCAAACACAUUGCAGCUAUUAGAAAGGGGCCUCCUCCUCUGCCUUCCCAGCGCUUCCUCCAUGGCUCUGUGCUCUGCUGCCUGUGUCUGGCUGGAAGUGAAAUGCACUAGAGCUGCCGCCGCCGCCGCUGCUGCUCCUUUUUUUUUUUUUUGGAGACUCCAAAAGGAUCUUUAUUCCCUUUCAUGUGCCGCCUCAGUCCAAUAGGAAGCCAGCGCCUGCCUGCAAGUGGUCUAAUCUCAAUGAGGUGUCAAUCAUGUUCCCUGGUGGGUGAAGUAAGGUCUUUUGUAACCGCCUCUGUCUUUGGGAAAAGAGAGAGCGAGGAGCACGGAGAGGGACCCGGACCCGGACCCGGACCGCGCUGCAGAGGGACCCGAGCCGCGCUCUGGCUCUGGCUCUGGCUCUGGCAGGGGGGCGGCGCGGCACAUGGAUGUGUAGCCCCGCCGGGACUGUGCCCAGGGAGCCCCCGCAAACAGUCCAAUGAGUCGCAACUGCAGAUCCAUGCAGAGAAAUGGGGAAACUUCACUCCAAACAUGGAUCCAUCUGGUGAAGGCUACAGAGAGACAAUUGGUGAUGAACACUUUCAUUUGGAAGUGGCUUUACCUCCAGAGAAGACAGAUGGAGUUUGCAGUGGAGAUGAAAAGAAAGCAGAAAAAGAAAAUGACACACGUACAAGUUCCAAGAAGCAACUAAAAUUUGAAGAAUUGCAAUGUGAUGUGUCUGUAGAGGAAGAUAACAGGCAAGAAUGGACCUUCACACUGUAUGACUUUGAUAACAACGGAAGAGUCACACGUGAGGAUAUUACCAGCUUGCUUCAUACCAUCUAUGAGGUAGUUGAUGCAUCAGUAAACCACUCUCCAAGUUCAAGUAAAACUCUGCGAGUGAAGCUUACUGUGGCACCAGAUGGCAGUCAGAAGAAAAAGAGUAUUCUCUUAAACCAUACUGAUUUGCAGAGCUCUAGGCAUAGAACUGAGAGCAAAGCCAGUGAAGAACUGAGGGGGUCUGAAAAGAAACAGCGAGCUUCUCUCAGAUAUCAUUACAGUGACAACAAUCCCGAGCAGAGUGGCUGCUACCGCCAUUGUGUUGAUGAGAACAUUGAAAGGAGAAACCACUAUUUGGAUCUUGCAGGAAUAGAAAAUUAUACAUCAAAAUUUGGGCCAGGAUCUCCUCCAGCAGCUCAAAAACAAGACCCACCAAGCAGAGUUGCAAAUCAAACUAGAUCCCGCUCUCAUGAACCUGAAACCUUCCAUGCCCACCAUAGGAAAUCUCAAGUAGUGGACCCCAGUCACAUCAAUUUGGCUGAUGCUUCAUAUGCCAAGAUUGCGGAAAUACAACAGAGGCUGCGGAAUCAGGACUCAAACAAGCACUUUGUUAGGUCACCCAAGGUUCUGACCAGAAAUGUAGCCUCUGUUCACCCUGGAAGGGUUGUAAGGAAUAAACCUCUUCAAGGGGUAUCCAUGCCAUUGGCUUCCCCAACCACACGGGUAGGCCAGAAUCUUCCAUAUCUCCCCAUGCAGUCUCAGCAGGCCUACAAGAAACACAAGCAGCGAGCAAAGGAGAAUCACCAAAUGUGCAAAACUUUCCAGUCUCCAGGGACAGUUGUAGAAAAAGAACAUGUGAGAGACCUGCCCACUGUCAUUUUAUAUGAAGGUCAAGUUGGACAAAUGAUACAGAGACAUGAACAUCACCACCAUCAUGAGCAUCACCACCAUUACCAUCAUUUCUACCAAACAUAAAGCAGAUCCCUCCAACAUCCUCUAGAAUCAUCCCAUAUGAAGGAAACAUGUUCCUCUGACGUCAGACUAAGGCAUUACUCUAAUUAAUACUAUUGUUACUCCAUUAAUAUUCAGCUAGCAUAUAUUUUAGAAAGUAUAUGAAACUCUUGAACCUUUCACUAUUUAUAUGUUGUGGAACUGCAUAGCUUACUUAAGAACUUGUGGACUGAUUUUGUGUGUGUGUGUGUGUGUGUGUGUGUGUGUGUUUUAAAGUGGCUUGUAAAACAGCAAACAGCCAUAUCUUUUUGAGCUGUGAUUUAAUGCAGGUCGUCAACGCACUUCCUUUACAAGUACUUCCUUCAUUGUAUUAGAAAAGAUACUUCAAACAGCGUUGCAGACAUCUAGGUUACCAGUCUGCUGUAUGUUGGCUGAUUGCACGCAAGCCUUUUAUCAGGGGAGCAAUGUUCGAAGGUUUGGACUCCAGAAAUACUCAGAAUAACAGAGAAUACAAACAGCUGCUACCUCUAGUAUUAUUCAGAUUUUAUUUUCUUUUUAUUGAUUGUAAUGUGCUACAGGGGGAUUUUAAUAUACUGCAUUCAGGUAGCCUGUUUGUGUUGGACUUUCACAUCCUUUCAAGCUAUCUUAAUAGUAUUAUAAGGAAAUACUAGCGAUAUUUGUCAACAGAGCUACAUUUUAGAACUUGUACUUUAUUUUUUGAGGUUCUUUACUGACACAAGUACAGUCUGUUAGAUACUGGGUAACAUAUUUAAAUAUACUUCUUUUUUCUUUUACUCUCUGUUCUGCUUUGGAAAACCAAUGGAGAAGAAAGAAAAGAGGAGUAUGUAAAAUGGGUUUUUUCAAAACCAUUACUAAACUUUAGUGCUUGGGCCAUAACUAAUAUUCAUGGUUUGUUUUGGGUUGGGGUGGGGGGCGUGGUUAAAUUAGCAAUUCUUUGUUUUGAGAGAGAAUUGGGGGGAAAUAUACUUUCUCA